AUCAUGGCGGACGUUCCGAGUCAGCACAUCGACCAAGCGCUCUUUGUAAUUAAUUAGUAAACAAAGUAUUUACGAGUGUCAAAGUAGUGUCUGUGUUCGAAAAAGUGACCUGAACUAUCAAGUUUCACAAGUGUUAUGACGUGUUGUGACUAAAACAUACGACAAGUGUAUAAAUUAACUAAAUUAAAUAACAGUUAAAUCCAACCUAACUACAGAGAUACCGUCAGUUAUCUUGAAAUAAGCUGCGAUCUGACUCCAGUGACAAAACGCAGGAAUUGUUUGUGCGUGCACGGCGCUUAAGUCUUUUAGGUUGACGCAGCACUCCAAGAUCGAUAAGUGUGCUGAUUUAUAAACACAUUUGAUAUUGUACCUUAUAAUAAUCCACCUGAACGUCGAUAUUCCCUUUACGGCCUAAUAUUGAUUUUAUUGUGAAAAUUUAUUAAGUCAAGUAAAAUGAAGUGCAAUAACUGCAGCCUCGAUCUAGCAUCAAAUGAAAUGCUAAAAUGUAGUGCAUGUCAACAUACGCUACACUACUUCUGUGUUGGGCUCUCAGAGGUGGAGUUCAAAAAAAUCCUUUCGAUGAACCUAAAAAAGUGGAAAUGUCCCUCUUGUAAGCAACCAAAGAAACCGACCACACCAACGACCACCGAGCCUAAGUCACCGCUGAUCAUUAAUGGAAGGUCAGAUGAUAACGUUGCGAACUUGCCAUCAAUAGUCAGCAUUGACACCGAUAUUUUAUUAAAGAGUAUGAACAGCCAGUUUCAGCAGUUGUCAAUGGAUAUGGAGGGCCUUAAGACUAGCGUCAACGGAAGAUUAGACCAACUGAGUGCCAGCAUCAAUGGUUGGGCCAGUAAAUUUCAAGAGCUAGAAGAGACCGUUACGAACGUUCGAGCCGAAGUUGCUGCCGUUACAGAAGAAAAUACGGCCCUCCGUAGUCAGUUAAAUGUGAUCCAGCAAAACCUCGACGAGCAAGAGCAAAAAGCCAGGCAGUGUAACAUUGAGAUACAAAAUUUACCUGCUAAACCUUCUGAAAACCUAAUCCAUGUGACUCUUGCCCUGGGUAAGGUAUUGAACGUCCCUUUAACGGUCGAAUCCAUAAAAGCAGUGCACAGAGUGGCUCCUAAUAUCCAAAGUGAUCGUCCGAAAAAUAUAAUCGUAGAGCUAUGUUCUCGCCGACUCCGCGACGACGUGAUAGCAGCCGCGCGCGCUCGCCGCGGUGUCACCGUCGGCCAGCUGCUUGAAGCCGCGGCGACCCCUAGCAGUGGGUCCGCUGACCAACAAAAAGCGGAAUCAAGACCUAUUUUCAUUAAUGAGCACCUGACGCUGAAAAAUAAAAUUUUAUACUCUAAAACACGUAAGGCCGUAGCCGAAAAGAACUAUAAAUUUGUCUGGAUAAAAAACGCCGCUAUUCUUGUUAGAAGAGACGAUUCAUCAGCUAUAAUACGUAUACGGAAGGAAAGCGAUUUGAUCAAGUUAUGAAGGUUUUGUGUAUAUUGUAUUGUUGAACUAUUACUAGAACUACUUCAUGUCUUAGUUAGGGUUUGCAUGCUGUAUUAUUAUUAUAUACGAUUAUAUUUUGCUAUCAUUGCUUUAGAUGCUACUAUGAUAUUGACACCAAUAAAAGUUAGGUUAACAUUCUGCACGAUAAAGUCUACUAAAAUAUUUGCGUUUGCAAGGGCCCCACAUUUAACUGUUGUUUUGAAAAUAUCACACUCUCACCUAAAUGCUAGAAACACAUUUUAUUGUCAUAAUAAUCUUCACAACAAAUAUAACAUUUUGCUGAA